GCAAUCCUGAUAAGAAAUGCUCGGGUGUCGCGGGCACCCACCCGCCGCGAGGGUAAGACGCGCUAUAUAAGGCCGCUGGCCUCGGGCCGCUGUGCCGUCGGAGCAGGAGCGCCGAGCGCCCAGGCGCCCGGAGGGCACUGCUGGCUGGAGGGACCCAGCCCGCCGCUGCACCCGCAGUCCUGCUGCCGCCCAGCUUCCCGCACCCUCGCCGCCUGAACUGCGUGCCGAGCCCGAGGGAGGUGCCAUGCGGAGCGCGGCGAGUCGGUGCGCGGUAGCCCGCGCGCUGGUCCUAGCCGGCCUUUGGCUGGCCGCAGCCGGGCGCCCCCUAGCCUUCUCGGACGCGGGGCCGCACGUGCACUAUGGCUGGGGUGAGCCCAUCCGCCUACGGCACCUGUACACCGCCGGCCCCCACGGCCUCUCCAGCUGCUUCCUGCGCAUCCGUGCCGACGGCGGGGUUGACUGCGCGCGGGGCCAGAGCGCGCACAGUUUGGUGGAGAUCCGGGCAGUCGCUCUGCGGACGGUGGCCAUCAAGGGCGUGUACAGCGACCGCUAUCUCUGCAUGGGUGCGGACGGCAGGAUGCAAGGGCUGCCUCAGUACUCCGCCGGAGACUGUGCUUUCGAGGAGGAGAUCCGCCCUGAUGGCUACAACGUGUACCGGUCCAAGAAGCACCGUCUCCCCAUCUCCCUGAGCAGUGCGAAACAAAGGCAGCUGUACAAGGACCGGGGCUUUUUGCCUCUGUCCCAUUUCUUGCCUAUGCUGCCCGGGAGCCUGGCAGAGCCCAGGGACCUCCAGGACCACGUGGAGGCUGAUGGGUUUUCUGCCCCGCUAGAAACAGACAGCAUGGACCCUUUUGGGAUUGCCACCAAAAUGGGACUAGUGAAGAGUCCCAGCUUCCAAAAAUGAGUGGGGCUGCGGCCUCCCCCUGCGCCCACCCCACCCUUAGAGGACAGGACCGUGGCCGACCUGUGGCUCUUGCAAAGCGGGUUCUGGCCGUGCUUCUACAAGUACAGUCCUGGGCCCGUGCUCCAGUUAGCUUUAGAAAGAAACAUCUAGAACUUGUACAUACAGAGUCGGACAUUGGCUGUCCCAGUUUCUAGCGGAUAGACUUGUACGCUCUUGAAAUCGUAAGCCCCCACCCCGCUCCUUUGCCGUUGCUGGACAGUUGCUGUGCUGCCCUGAUCCCGCUUGAAUACCUCCACUGACCGGGAGCUCACUACCUUUGGGAAGAUUGAAGAUUGUUAGGCCAAGCUGAAGGGUUCUACAGGUCUCUUCUCCCGUCAUUUCCAGCAGGAGCAGCCAGAAGAAAAGCGGUCAGUUUAAACUCCCGUACAGGCGAUCAGCUUUGUGAAACCCUAGGUAAAUUCAACUCUACCACAGGAUAAUUGAUCGAGCUCUCCACUGCAGAGAGCAGUGCUGGCUCUUCCCUAACGCUUCCAGGACAUGGAAGGCGCAGGCAUGGCCAACCAGGCUUCGGGAGCAGGGGGAGCCCAGAGGCCUCCUCCAGCCUGGGUAGCCCUUAAGAACUCCCCACUACGGCGGCUGCUGGGAGGGAUAACCUUCACCGGACUACUUGGCAGUCUGCCCAGGGCACAUCAGGGAAUUCACUUGCUCCUCCCCUUGACCUUCAGUGCCCCGCGCAUAGCCAACACUUGCAGGGCUCUGUCUGGUCCCCUGAGGGAACGACCACCUGCUCGGAGGGAUAGGACACAAGGACAAACGCAGCAGCCCUCCUCCUCUGGGAUCCCAUCAGCUCUGGGCAUGUGGGUUUCCCACAAGCGCCCCUCUGGACAGAGCCCCGUGGGUCUCUGCCCCUGGCACGCUCCCUCCUUUUUCUGCAGCCGUGGAUACGGACCAGAGAAGAGCAGACACGGCCUGUGGGGCUGUUUCCCCAUUGCCAGCCUUUUUGCCAGGCAGUGGGACUUGGCCGCCUUCCCCCUUAGGGAGACCUGCACAUCCCAUUCAGCAGCCGGGAGGGGUUGGGUUUGGAAGCCCCGGGUCUUGUCAGUCACUUGCAGAAGCAGCCAGGAGAGGGGCCCUUCCCCAGCACUUAGUUGCCAACGUGGUAUUUAUGCGUAAUUUAUUUUGUUUCAUAUGUACAUCUCUAUAUUUUCUUACUUUAUUUAU